AUGGCUCGAAAUAUUGAUCCUUUAGUUGUUGGUAGAGUUAUUGGUGAUGUGGUUGACAUGUUUGUGCCUAGUGUUUCAAUGCAUGUCUAUUAUGGUGCUAAACAUGUCACUAAUGGCUGUGAUAUCAAGCCAUCCAUGGCGAUCGCGCCACCCAGGGUCACUAUUACUGGUCAUCCUGCCAAUCUCUACACUUUGGUGAUGACCGAUCCUGAUGCUCCGAGUCCAAGUGAGCCAACCAUGCGAGAAUGGGUCCAGUGGAUUGUGACAGACAUUCCGGGUUGCACCAAUGUCGCACAAGGAAAUGGGACGCUAGAAUACGUGAGCCCUCGGCCGAUUAUUGGAAUACACCGUUACAUAUUGGUUCUUUUCCAGCAGAAAGUGGCGUUGGGAGAAUUGGUGGCGCCACCGAUGACUCGAUCACACUUCAACACCAGAGCCUUCGCCGAGGAGUUUAAUUUGGGCAUGCCCGUGGCCACUGUUUAUUUCAAUGCACACAAGGAGCCACUCAGACGAAACCGCUAAAUAAUCUUCAUUUUUUUUCAUCCAUCUAUAAAACUUGACUUUGGAAA